UAUUAAAAUACAACGCUGCUACGCUGGGGGCGCCAUUAUCAAAGCAUUACAAAAAAGUUUACAUUCCAAUCAUUAUAUUAUCGCUAUAACAUUAAAACAUUACGUUACGUUUAGUAACGCGGGGAGAAGCUAUUUAAUAUAAGCAUGGAUUGUAUCAAUGCGUUAACUGACUGGGUUAAUGAAAUGACAAAAUGGCACCGACGCCUCAGAGCGAAGACGUCCAAAGAGCACCAAAGCCUAUUCAGUCACUCAGUGUCGCACUGACUUUCGUCGCGCGUGGUCGCAUUUGUGUUGCGAGAAUGCCGAGUUGCGUAGUGCGAAAGUGUACUAAUUCCGAUAAAAAAUCGAACAGGAAAAAGGAUGGUGUGUCUUUCUUUCGGUUGCCCGCCGAGCCCCAUAGAAGAAAAUUAUGGUAUCGCUUGAUAAGAAGGCAGCGGGGCGAUCCGUUGUUUAAAGCGAAAAAAUCCCAUAGAAUUUGCUCAGCGCACUUUAACGAUACCGACUAUUUUGUGACUUUAACCGGUUUGCGUAAGCUGUAUACAACUGCAAUACCUCACCUGGUCGAUUCCGUCGCGUCAGGAGCCAGUAUCGCGUCCGACGAUGAGAGCACGUACAGCGACGACCACAUCGACGACCGCGUCGACGACCCAGCAGAUGACGCAGAUGUCUCCAAUUAUUUGGUGUUCGAGACUGAUCCAAAAGCCACAGUCAGCCCACCUAUCGGGUCGACUGCAAUUAAAUCGGAAUACGGGAGCCCUAGGUACAUAAUCGUCGAAGGUACCGCUGGCGGGGAACGCGGAGAAUUAGAAGAGGUAGUAAUAAAGGAAGAAGUUACCGAAGAAGAGGAGAAGCAAUGUCGUCUCUGUCUCAGUUUUGGCAGGAGAAUGCAGGAGUUGGGUGACCUAGCUCACUUUUAUAGAAAACUGGUGUUUGAGAACCUUUACCAGAACUCCACCAUCCCCCGCUUCAUGUUCGAGAUGCUGGCGUGCUGGGAGUGCAUCGCCGAGCUGCGCAGAGUGCGACGCUUCCAACAGCGAGUGCGGCGCGCAAACGAGGCCUUCGAGAGCAACCAGAACCUCAGCUGCGACAGCCUGUCAAACCUAUCCGUCGUAGCCACGGCCAAAGUGGCAUCAGGUUCUGCAACAGAUCAGCCGACAAGUAUAGAAGAUUGCGCGCAGAUAAUAAAAGAGGAAACUUGCGUAGUGAAUUUCCAAAAAACCGCUUUAGCAGAUCCUCUGGCCUUCAACAAAGAAUCAGUGAAUCCGAAGAAGAAAGUAAGAAUGAACCAAAAAGAUCCGAAAAAACGAAAUAUCAGAAAAUCCUCGAAGAACCUGGCACAAGUGAAGAAGACAGCCGUUAAACGUCCAGUAACCGAGAAGAAGAAACCACAGAGCAAACCAAAACGUGCAAGAAUAGAAGAUAAUGCAGCAGAGAAACCUGAAGAACCUUCAACGUCAACUGAAGAAAGAGUUUCUAGCGUGAUUAUAGAUUCUGAUACAAUUUUCGGUAAAGUGAAAAUAGAGUUUGAAGAAUUGCAGAACAUUCUAGAGGAGAGACGGAAGAAGGAAACGUUUGUGAAUAUGAAGUACAAAUGCGACUCUUGCGUGCUUGGUUUCUCGAAUGAGAAUCGCUUGCAGGAGCACAACACAAAUUUUCACAACGAGGAAGCUGGCAGUUGUCCAUGCGACGUUUGCGACAGGAGGUUCAGCGACGAGAUACAACUGUCUGCACACUAUCGCACACAUUUCGUGAAGUUUGUGUGCAAACUGUGCAACUUUGAGUGCUUCACGAAAACCGGACGGGCGAUGCAUUUCAAACGGCACCAGGGCGUUUUAGAGGGAAUAGAUGCGAAUUCUUUAUUGUGGCAAAAGAUUACUUCGCAAGCAACAGCAAGUUCGUGCGAGUAAGGUACACGAGCCAUACGGCUUGCAACGUUUGCUCGCCUUGAUCUUCAUUUAUUUGGUAUUUAUUUAAACAUUCCUAGAAAGAACACUGUCAACUUUUUAGUCUGUAAUUUGGCCGUUACUCUAUUACAAAAAGAACACUGUCAACUUUUUAGUCUGUAAUUUGACCGUUACUCUAUUACAAAAAGAACACUGACAACUUUUUAGUCUGUAAUUUGACCGUUACUCUAUUACAAAAAGAACACUAUCAACUUUUUAGUCUGUUAUUUGGCAGUAACUGUAUUACUUAAAGAACAUUGUAAAAUUUCACUAUGUAAUUUGGCCGUUACUGUUUGACUUAAAGAACGCUGUCAACUUUUCACUCUGUAAUUUGGCCGUUAAUCUAUUACUUAAUAGUUAUUCUAUGUCCGAAGUUAAUGUAAUUUUUUUUUGUUUGUAAAUUUGGUGGUAAUAGCUAAAAUACAACCUUCUUGAAAGAAAAACGUCAAUUUGUUUGUAAUUUCGUAAUUUGCCAGUUAGUCUGGCCGAAAGAACAAUAUUAUAGCAUUUAUUGUAUUGCCAAAACAAUAACGUCUAAUGAUCUUGUUAACAGGAAUUCUAUUGCCCUGUUGGCAAUAUAAUUCUUUGACAAUUUUUUUUUGUUCAUUUGACAGUUACUCAGAGAAUACAAACGAGGCUUAGAGAAUACAAACGAGGUUUUUGUUUGUAAUUCAGCAGUUAUUUUAUUGCCGAAGCAAUAAUGACAACUGGUUUGUGCUAUUUAAAAAAAAAAAAAGGAAAAUUUAUCUUGCUACAAUUUGUUACAUUGGAGUCAUUAAGUUAAGACGAUUACCUAGGUUAAGAAACGAAAAGUUUCAUAAACUCUAAUAAACGUUGUUCAUUAGGAUUUUUCUCUUUCUGUCAUCAGUAAUUUGAUAUUCGAAAGAAGAAGACGAAACAUUGUGUGCUUGUUUAUAAUUUUAUUAUAAGUGUAGAUGAAACAAGACGUUUAAUUUAAUAAAUAAAUAAAUAUUUAUGUCACUGGUUUAACUAAAACCUAUUGUAACAUCUGUCAAACUCUGAUUUUGGCGGGCUGUCAAAUGCUAGUGCUGUACACACAUGCUUUGUCUAAUUUAGGAAUAUAAUUGGGCCGUAAAGUUUCGUAAAUUUUUUCCGGUAAAAUAUAAUACAAAUAAUGUCGUAUUUCAUUUAUGGGUCUUCUUUGUAAAUGCCGCGCAUAAAAAAAAACUACUAACUUCGACAGUCAGUAGUUUAAUUUUUUUUUUAUGUGCGGCAAUCGGUUUUGAAAUAAAAUAAAACGAACAUUCAACCAAUAGAAUUAUCUCAUAAUAUUCUUCUUUUUUUGUAAACGUUAUAAGUAUUUGCAAUUACAAAUAGAACAAACUAUUUUAUUU